CUGAACAUUUCUAUAUUUUUAUAAUUAUGUCUCUAUAUGGUGGAGUUUAUGAUGACUUACCUUCAACUGUUGUCAACCUAAAAGGUACUGAGAACAAUCUUUCUUCUCAACAGAGCAAUGCAGAGAAUCAAAUUAAAAAAGCAGUACAGUACAAGUCUACCCUUCAGUUUAUGGCACCAAAAAUAAAAAGAAAACUUACCUCUACUAACACCACUAUUUUAACAAAAAAAAAGCAAGUUCCUCAUAACCAUAUAAAAACUAUUAUCAACAACUCAACUCUUUUGCAGCAUAACGUUUCGCUGAGCACAGAUGUUGAAGAGCCCUUUUUAACUCCUUCCACUGAAUUUUCUCUACCUCCGGACGUGGAAGUUUAUGAUCCUUUUCGCCCUAAUAACUAUGAAGAUUACUUACUAGAAAAAGAGGCUAAAUUAAGGGCAGCUCGGGAAAGCGAGCGCCUUGGAAAGGAGCGUAAGCGGCAACUUCGUCGCGCUCUCCGGCAAUCUAAAGUUUUGAGUAGCAAAGAUAACAAAAUAUUUAAGGAAUCUACAAUUAAAGCCGAAGUAAAAGAUGAUGCUAAGAUUGCUGAAGAAAGCUUUAGCCGUCCUUCCGUUCUUCAAAGCGAUCCAGUAAAAAUUAAUUUAAAUGAGACAGCGGAGGAAGCUAUUGCUAGGCGGCGACAAUUGUCUCAAGGAGGAACCCCUUCGACAAACGUCGAGACGCUUAAUAAAAAGGGAGCUGUCCAAUCCUCCGCCAUGAAAUCUAACAGUUUGUUCACUCCUGUUGUAUUGUUAGAGAAUAUGGUUGGGCCCGGAGAAGUUGACAACGAUUUGCAACCAGAAAUUUCCGAGGAAUGCGCAAGAUACGGGAAGGUUGAAAAGUGUCUAAUUUUUGAGGUUCCAAAAGGUCAAAUCGCAGAUGAUAAAGCGGUGCGCAUCUUUGUAGAGUUUGGGGAUGUAGACGCCGCUAAGAAGGCGUUUUUGGCUCUUAACGGAAGAUUCUUUGACGGCCGAAAAGUUCGGGCUUCCUUUUUUAAUUUUGACAAAUUUAAAAACUAUGAACUUGCACCAAAUGUUGAAUAAAUUUUUUAUUAAUAUUAUUGCUACGGUUCGAAUGCCAAACUUAAUUUAGGCCAACGGCGGCGAAACACUAUUAUAAUAAAAAGAACAACCAAAAUAACGAGAAAACCCCUACAGCAGGUGUUUUAUUGGACGGUACAUUUAUACACAUGCCAGGGAACAACCAUGUAAAUAC